AAAUUCAGAUUUGAAAAAAAAAAAAAAAAACAAAAAAAAAAAACUGUCUUAUCGAAUCACCACUUUAUUUUCUCCAGCAUAUUCCCAUCGGACAUUACAUAUCCUCAACAGUCUCCACCGCAGCUCAAAAUCUUCGAUAACUUGUUCUUCUUCCUAGCUCUUCCAAAUUUCCAAUGGCAACCAACCAAACUGAAACAACAUGGGAAGAACUUAUCGGCGGCAAAAGGUGGGAAGGCCUUCUGGACCCACUCAACCUCGAACUCAGAAAACUCAUCAUACGCGCCGGCGACUUCUGCCAAGCCACCUACGACGCUUUCAACAACGACAAGAACUCCAGGUACUGCGGCUCUAGCCGCUACGGCAAGUCGUCGUUCUUCCAGAAAGUUUUGCUCCAAAACGCCUCCGACUACCAAAUCUCCUCCUUCCUCUACGCCACUGCUCGCGUCAGCGUUCCCGAGGCCUUGAUUCUCCACUCCUUGUCUCGGGAAUCAUGGGACCGCGAGUCCAACUGGAUCGGCUACAUCGCCGUCACCUCCGACGACGUUAGCAGAGCCCUCGGUCGCCGGGAAAUCUAUGUCGUAUGGCGUGGAACCACUAGAGACUACGAGUGGGUCAACGUGUUAGGGGCCGAUCUCGAAUCGGCCAACACUCUGCUUCGCUCUAGUGCGAAUAAUAGCAAUAAAGCUACCGAUAGCAGCAGUGACAGCGACAACGAUGAAGGUUCGCCGAAAGUAAUGAGGGGUUGGCUAACGGUUUAUAUCUCCGACAAUCCCAAAUCGCAGUUCGUCAAGUUAUGCGCGAGAAAACAACUUCUAUAUCAUAUCGAACAGCUGAGAAACAAAUACAGAGAUGAGAAAUUAAGCAUAGUUUUGACGGGUCACAGUUUGGGUGCCAGUCUAUCAGUUCUUAGUGCUUUCGAUCUGGUCGAAAAUGGGGUUUCCGACAUUCCAGUUUCGGCUAUCAUUUUCGGUUGUCCGCAAGUCGGAAACAAAGCAUUCAAAGAAAGAUUUGAUAAAUUCCAAAACCUGAAAGUGCUUCACGUAAAAAACACGAUCGAUCUGAUAACCCGUUAUCCAGGGAGGCUUUUUGGGUACGUGGAUAUAGGGACGGAGCUAGUGAUCGAUACGAGGAAGUCGACGAGCUUGAAGGAUUCCAAGAAUCCUAGUGACUGGCAUAACUUGCAGGCCAUGCUUCAUGUGGUCGCUGGUUGGAAUGGGAAAGACCGAGAGUUUGAGCUGAAAGUGAAGAGGAGCGUGGCUUUGGUGAACAAGUCGUGUGAAUUCCUGAAAGAUGAGCUGUUGAUUCCUGGUUCAUGGUGGGCGGAGAAGAACAAAGGAAUGGUUCUUGAUGAAGAAAGUGGUGAAUGGGUUUUGGCGCCACCGUCCGAUGAAAACCUUCCUCGUCCUGAAUUUUGACUGGUUUAUUUGGUGAUUCCUAGCCAGUGAAAAUGGAGGUUGAAGAUAAUGUUUGUAUUUUUUUGGAUUUUUUUAGGCAAAACUGUUUGUAAACUUUAUCUUUUUUAUUUUUUAUUUUACUUUAUCUUUUUUCUUUUGUUA